GUAUUCCGCUUCAACGUCUCCGCCAUGGAGAAGAACUCCACCAACCUCUUCAGAGCCGAGUUCCGAGCCCUUCGUGUCCCCAACUCUAGUGCCAAGAGGAACGAGCAGCGGAUUGAGCUCUACCAGAUUCUGCGGCCAGACGACCACAUAGCUAAGCAGCGCUACAUCGGGGGCAAGAACGUCCUGACCAAAGGAACGCCAGAGUGGGUCUCCUUCGAUGUCACAGACACAGUCAGGGAAUGGCUUAUGUACCGAGAGACCAACCUGGGCCUGGAGAUCAGUGUGCACUGCCCCUGCCACACCUUCAACACCAACGGUGACAUUAUCGAAAACGUUAAUGAGGUGCUACAAGUCAAGUUCAAAGGUAAAAUUACAUGAGGUGCUGCAUUUAAGAAACCAACCAUUUCUGAUGCCUCCUUUUUGGCUUUUCCACUGCUCAUCACAGCCCCUCUUUCUAUCCGUAUGAGCUCUGAAUUAGAAAAAGACCAGUGAACAUGGGCCUCAAUGGUUGAUACUUAUAUGGCU